GCCUCCGUUUAUCCACGCAGUUGGACACACGCGAAAUCUGUCCCUCAAAGAAAAUAUAAAAAUUUAAAAAGAAAUAAAACACGCGAGACUUCUAUUUGCAAUGAAGUCUAGUCGUCGAAUGGUGAUAUUAGUAUUGCUGACAUUAAUCUCUAUUAGUGAAUGCUGUAAUGUUGAUAACGUGGUUGUGUACAAAAUGAAGAUCCGAAUGCAAUGGAGUGAAAACAAAUUUCCUGAUUUGCCAGUGAAUUCUAAAAGACAGUGGUCGUCCGUUUUUGGCCAAUCUCACAACAAUAGCUACGCACUCUACCACAUAGGCGAAGUUGCUCGGCCGUCAAUACGAGAGUUUGCCCAAUUGGGCAACAUAGACCAGCUUAUGGAGGAAGGUAAUGAAGAGACAAACGUCUAUGAUCAGUUUGCAACGCCUGCUUUGAGGGAUGGAGAAGGAGAAACUGAAGGACUGGUGUUUGUUGAUGGAGAACACAGCCUGGUGUCACUAAUUUGUCGAAUGGUAAAUUCUCCUGAUUGGUUCGUUGGGAUCGACAGUCUUAAUCUUUGUGUGGACUCCUCUUGGGUAGAAGAAGUUGCUCUUGACCUUGAGCCUUUGGACGUCGGCUUCACAUCAAACAUCGAUAUGCCUGAACCCGUAGAAAAAUUAUUUCACAAAUUAUAUCCUGGAUUGCGAUUACAAUAUAGAAAACUGACACAAAUGUCCCCAAUAGCCAAAGUCGAAUUUACUAAGGUAAAACAAUAUUCAACAAAAGAAGUAAACAACUUAGUAAGAGCGGAAUUAUUUUUCAACAUAAACCCUAAAAACAACAAAGACAUAUUUAAUUCAGAUAAUGAAAUUUACGAGUAUAAUGAAAGAAGUUAUUUUACAACGAAAAGUCCAUUUGAUAAAUUGAAAGACGUUGAAGAAGACCCUAAUGGUACUCCAAAACCAAAUUUGCCGGAUAACAAUGUUGUUGUUAUUACAAACAAACCUACGUUUGAGUCAGACGACAAUUCUCAAGAACACCUAGAUAACAUGGAUGAUGUUGUCCUUGCUGUAGCUACUGGACAUAAGCUGGGUUUAGGAAAGCAUCUACCUAGACAUUUCAAAUCUAGACUACAUCAUGCCGUCAACCAUACCAAGAGACACAAAGGUGAAGACUGCGUAGUAUCCGAAUGGAGUGCCUGGACAGCAUGUACUGAACAUUGCAGCGGAGAAACUGUUCGAAUGAGAUCUAUCAUCAAGAGAAAGAAAGGCAACGGUCGGGAAUGCCCAGCUCUGUUUGAGAAGAAGAAUUGCAAAGAAAGAUGUAGGGGAGAUGGGGAUUACAUAUGGUGAUAGUGGGCAUAAUAUAAUAUCUAUGUUGAUUACCCACCAUGUCACGAACAGCAAAGAAUACUUCACUAACAGACGAUCUAGGAUUUCUAGAACUCAUACAAUGUAUUUAUUUCACUAAUAGAUCUUUGUUUUAGUAUUCUU